CAACUCACAAAACUGCACUUAAAAACGUCAAUGUCAAAUCGUUCAAUUGUCAUGUCAACCAAAAUGCUUGGCACCGUGACUAUUUUUGUAAAUUUUGUGUAAUUAAUCGAGAAUAUGAAAUAAAAACAACCACAAUGUACAACCUUACAGCUUGUGUGGUGUGUUUCAACACUGAUACUAAAUUAAUAAGCAUAAAUAGUGGACAGUUACGGAGAGAAUUCCAUUUGAUUUCUGGUAUCCAAAUAAGGCAAGGCGAUGGAAUGCCGGAUUAUUUAUGUUUUCAGUGCACAGCGAUGGUGAGGAACUUCAAAAGAUUUCGUGAUAGAUGCCACCGAUCUCAUUAUGCUUUGAAAGAAAUAUUAAGCAGAAACAACGAGAUAAAUGUAAGAAACUUGAAAGAUCUGAACCGAAACCUCCUUGGUAUAAUGCCGCAACUAUCGUACAUGAGUCUAGACAAAACCCACUAUGAGCAAGUGAAGUUCCAAUGGAAGAAACACAACCGCAUAGACUGGUGUAACUCGUCCAAACACAAUAUACCAGUUCUUCACUGCAGUACGUUGACCCCUGACAACACUUUUAACGAAACAACCAAUACCGCAGAAUUGGAAUUUAACCCACAAAAUAUUAAAAUGGAUAUUGAUGCAAUAGACAAUUAUGAAAUACAGAUAGAGAAGGACUUAACCAAAGAUGAGCCAGCGUACGGCGAUACCACUAAAGACACCGAAAUACAGGAGUCAUUUAUGGAUAAUGAUAUGUACGAUAGUGGGAAUGAUCAGGAUCACUAUCAGGAUGCGGAAACCUUUCCAAACUUAGCUCUUAAGGUUGAGAACACAGAGGGGGAUGUUGAUGGGGCUGAAAUGGAUGAAGAGUACGCAUCCUUGGUCCCGAUAUCGGUGAAAGAGGCUAAGGCUGCGGUAGAAGUGUACAAGAUGUUCACUCAGGGUAAAUACCACUGUGAUAUAUGCAAUAAAGCUUAUAAUAAUGAGGAGCGGAUGAAGGUACAUUUGCGGAUGCAUGAUAAGCAUAUAAGUGGCAAGUUUCACUGUAAACUUUGUCAAUACUAUUAUAAAACUGAUUUCUUACUGAAGACACACAUGACUGAAAAACAUAUGUUUAAGUAUUUGUGUAGAAAAUGUCCUGAAGUUAGUUUUGAUAGAAUAUCAGCAAAACAACAUUACAUCUGGGUACACUUACAGAAGGGUAACAAAAAGAACUCAAACUGGUACGAAUCUAGACCCAAAUGGUUGAACCCUCGAGGCGGCAAGAGGGUUAAAGGCGUAGUUACCUUGAAACCUAUUAAAAAGAAUACCAAGUUGCCUGAAGAUUUCCUUGUGUACUCUCCGAUAGGUCAUGAAGAACAGUAUAAGUUGAUACAGGAUAGACAGAAUUCAAGGAACUAUCAGGAGGCUAAUUAUCAGUGUCAUUUGUGCUAUCGAGGGUUUAGGGUUUUGUUAACUUAUGAGAAGCAUAUGAAGAAACAUGAUCCUGAAUACUCAGGCCCCUUACAAUGUGAUAUUUGCAAGAUUUUCUUCAAGGACCAGCGGAAACUGUACAAACAUAUGAACAUCACGCAUCUGUACAAAUACUCCUGCCAGCUGUGUAGUUUUGUGUGCUGUAAUAGAGGACAAGCCCACAUGCAUUACAGAUGGCAUAAGAACGUUACUUAUGAGUGUCCACACUGCAAGAGGGAGUUCUUGAAAGCAUCAACGCGUCUCACACACAUAAGAAUAAAGCACCCGUCCAUGUGUUUGUGCAUCAUAUGCGGUCACAGCUUCGUGUCCGACUCCGGAUUAUACUGCCACAAGCAAAUCGCGCAUACUGAAGCGGAAAUAGAGCGCAGCAACAACAUGAUCGUGGACUCGUCCGACCCGCACUACUGCGCGGACUGCCAGCUGCAGUUCAUGUCGUACGACGCCUUCACCACGCAUCUCGGCAGCUCCUACAAACAUGCCACUACCAACCUUUCUAUAAAGCCGAGUCGCCGCAAGAAGGAGGCGGGGCGCAGCCGCGGCCGCCCGCGCCGCGGCGUGUGCUCAGAGAUCGUCAACAACGGAGUCUCCACAUCCAGCACUUGUGAAGUGUGUGGCACGUUCUUACCGAACGACGUGCAAGCUCGCAAGCACUACGAGUCGGAACACCCCGACACUGAGUACCUCAAGCGGUACAUGUGUGACGUCUGCGGACAUACCACUAGGCAAUACGCGAACUUACUAGUCCACAUGCGGACACACACAGACGAGAAGCCGUACGAGUGUCCUCACUGCGAUCGACGGUUCAACAUGCCCAGCAAUAGGGACAGGCAUCUCGUUGUGCACACAGGUGAGAAGCGCUACCAAUGUCAGCACUGUAACCGUCGCUUCACACAGAGCAGUGCCGUCAAACUGCACAUACAGACUGUACAUCUCAAGAUACCGUAUGCACCGUGGAAUAAGAAGAAUCGGAAGCGGCGCAAGGAGUUAGAAACAGCGGGCAUGUCGACCCCACUACCACUCGCGCCGGCGCCACACAAGCUCGCUGCCUUCGACGCUCCCGCCGACUAUCUCAACGCGUACAUCACUUAUAACGACGACUAGUGUAUGUGAACGCCUUUAUUUGUGUCGACUAGUGUAUGUGACUGCCUUUAUUUAUAUGUUUAUGAGUUUAAGGGCUUCAGAGUCAGAGGGAGUCAGAGGGUUUACCCGUCGGUAACGACUAUAAAUCAUGUGGUGUGUACCUAACCUAAGGGUGAUUUUAUACUUAUCAUUGGAGUACUGAAUACGCCGAGAUAUAGAUAUGUAGAUGAUAUAAAUAUAUAUCACAUUAAAAUCAAAAUGUCUGCCACUAUCAUGGUCAAUCAUCAUCAUCCUCCGAGCCUUUUUCCCAACUAUGUUGGGCUCGGCUUCCAGUCUAACCGGAUGUAGCUUAGUACCAGUGCUUUACAAGGAGCGACUGCCCAAUCUGACCCCCUCAACCCAGUUACCCGGUUACCCGGGCAACCCAAUACCCCUCAUCAUCAUGGACAAUGUCAAUAUAUAUUUUUUUUGUAAAAUAAAAGCAAGAUUAGAUAAGUGUUAUACAACCCUAGAAGAAUAAAUAAUACAGGCAGAAAAGCUCUGAAUCGACCGAAAGCCCCCUCAGCCCCGUUCCACAUCAUUUACUUAUAUCUUCUUAAAACUACAAUUUAUCGUCAAUAAUUUAUUAUUUCAUCAUUCAGUAUUGGUUAGUAGGCUGUUUAUGCAGUAUUAAUGUUAUGGAUAAAAUUGUAGUUAUUUUUAUUUAAAACCUUAUUGGAGGCUUAGCAAAAAAAGUUAAAUUCAUUCAUGUAAAAGUCAUACUCAUUACUUUAAGCGUUAGAAUUUCGGGAGAAACAUUGGUUUUUCAAUCAGUAUGUUAAUUUUGAUUAUUUUUCUAGAAAUAGACUUGUAAAAACAAUAAGACUCCAGUUUGUGACAGUAAAAAGCCUUAGAAUUCACAAAUAACUCAGUAAUCGCUAGAGAUUAGUAUUAAGAAUUUUCCUCAAAUAUGAAACUUCCAGAUAUUAUUGAAGUGAUCAGAAUAAAGUAAAUGUAUGUAGUUGUUACUAAAUGCAUUUAAGAGCAUUUUGUUUCAAUCGAAUACUGCCAUGAUAAAAUUCUCCUUAGGAAUUCUUGACAGACAAAUAUGCGUCUUAUUGCAUUUGUCAUAAGAAUUAAAAUUACUUGAAAUCAAACACAAUUUUUCCGUACCGUCCUUCAUUGAUUCUGAAUAAUGAAAUGGCUAUUUAUUUAAUUCUAUAUAUAUAUCUAAGAAAAACAAGAAUCUGAAUUUAAAAUCAAUAAUCAUACGAAAGGUUUAAGUUUCCCAAUUGGUCUCUUAGUAAAUAGUUCGAGAUUAAAAGAUGUUAGAGAUUAUACAUAAUGCAUUAUGUAAUAGACAUUUGUAUUCUAGAAAUAUUAUAAACUAAUAGUUUUCAUAAGACUUGAUAUUAUUGUUCACGAAUAAUUAUGAUGUUUAGUUUAAGAACGUAUGUAGUGUGUUUAUAAAUAGGAAGAAAAUAUUUAACGUAUGUAUAUGUAUUAAAUAUAAUGCGCAGUGUAUGAUUUGCCUUGAAAUUUAAACUAAUACUGAAUAUUUUUAAUACAUAACAUUAAUUCGUA